UUCCUUCCUCCACACUCCUGGAGGCUCCAGCUCUACAACAGUCCUCUCUUUUCUCUUCGCCACUCCACUGACCUACAGCAGCCAGCAAGUCAGCAUGUCUUACUACUCAUUCAAGAGCUCCAGCGGCGGCGGCGGCCCCAUGAACUUCUCCGGGGGCUCCAACAUCAUGUCAAGCCGGGUGGGCUACGUGUCCAGCGCCCCCAAGGCCUUCAGCGUGUACGGAGGUGGUUCUGGCGGUGGCACUCGCAUCUCCUCUUCCUCCGUCCGCUCAGUCUCCUCUGGGUACGGCGGCGGGGCCGGCUUCGGUGGUGGCUAUGGAUCCGGCGGUGGCGGCUAUGGAUCCGGCGGUGGCGGCUAUGGAUCCGGCGGUGGUGGUGGCUUCAACCUGUCCAGCGCCCUGGACGGCGGCGCCAUCCACCUGAACGAGAAGGCCACCAUGCAGAACCUGAACGACCGCCUGUCCACCUACCUGGAUAAGGUGCGCUCCCUGGAGGAGGCCAACUCCAAGUUGGAGAUUCAGAUCAGAGAGUAUUAUGAGAAGAAGGGCCCUGCCGCCGAGAGGGACUACAGCAAAUACUGGGCCAUCAUCAACGACCUGAAGGACAAGAUCAAUGAUGCCACAUGCAACAAUGCCAACAUCCUGCUGCAGAUUGACAACUCUAAACUGGCUGCUGAUGACUUCCAGACCAAGUUCGAGCAUGAGCUGAUGAUGCGCCAGUCGGUGGAGGCUGACAUCGCCAACCUGCGUCGCCUGCUGGACCAGACCACUCUGACCAAGGCCGACCUGGAGAUGCAGAUCGAGGGUCUGCAGGAUGAGCUGGCCUACCUCAAGAAGAACCACAUAGAGGAGCUGGCAGCCAUGCGUGCUCAACUCACUGGCACAGUGAACGUGGAGGUGGACGCAGCACCCCAGCAGGACAUGGCCAGGAUGAUGGAGGAGAUCCGCACCCAGUACGAGGGCAUCAUCGACAAACACCGCCGUGACCAGGAGGCAUGGUUCACAGACAAGUCAGCCAACCUGUCCAAGGAGGUGGCCACCAGCACAGAGAUCAUCCAGACCACCAAAACGGAGAUCAACGACCUGAGACGCACCAUGCAGGGCCUGGAGAUCGAGCUGCAGUCACAGCUCAGCAUGAAAGCAGCUAUGGAGAACACACUGAGAGAGACAGAUGGCCGCUACAGCGCCAUGCUCUCGGGCUACCAGAACCAGAUCGACAUGCUGGAACAGGAGCUAAACAGGGUGCGCCAGAGCAUCGAGACGCAGGGCCACGAUUACAAGAUGCUGCUGGACAUCAAGUCCCGUCUGGAGCAGGAGAUCGCCACCUACAGGGGACUCCUGGAAGGGGAGGAGUCCAGGUAA